AUGGAUCGAGGACAGCCAAGCGGGCUUGGCCCCCGCCAUGACGCGACUUCACGAGUUCAGAAACCCGAGUCCGCCGCCGAUCGCAUGGCCGCACUCAAGGCUCGUGUCGCUGCAGCAGUCGGAGGCUCCAAAGCAAAGGGCGGCUUGAACACACCACUGCACCCUGCCCUCGCAGACCUCGGCGCGCCCAUCAAACCCGGGGACUCCCUCGCGGCCGCCGCAGCAGGUCGUCGAGCCGCCCAGAAAGUUGCAGAAUCAUUCAACAGAAAGGAGCACCGAACACCUUCGGCAACAACAACAGGCCAACCCCGAGCCAACCCUUACCUAGACACCAGCAGCCAUGGACCACAAGGCAAGCCCAAAGAGCCACGACAGCUCAUCUUCAACCAGAAGGGCAAGUACAUUGCCCAGGCGAAUGCGCUACGGAGACAGGCCGCCUUGGAGGAAAUGAAGAGGAGGAUUGCGGAGCAGGCCAGGAAAGCAGGGCUGGACGAGGACCGAGACAUCGAGAAGGCCUUUGUCGUAGAGGCGCCCCCGGAUGUGGAAUGGUGGGAUCAGGGCCUCAUCGAUGGCAAUGACUACAGCAACAUUCCCGACUCGAUAAAAGUCAACACUCCCGACAGCGUUGUUACCAUUUACAUUCAGCACCCAGUCGCCAUCGAGCCACCGCAGGACAAGCUCGCAGCUGAGCCGAAACCCAUGUAUCUUACACCCAAGGAGCAACAGAAACUGCGUCGCCAACGCCGCAUGAUGGAACUUAAGGAGAAGCAAGCCAAGAUCCGUCUCGGUCUGGAACCGGCCCCGCCACCCAAGGUCAAGAAGUCGAACCUGAUGCGCGUACUGGGCGAGGAAGCUGUCAAGGACCCGACGGCCGUCGAGGCGCGCGUCAACCGUGAGAUCCAGGAGCGCUUCGACAAGCACAUGCAGUCCAACGAGGAGCGCAAGCUCACAAAGGAGCAACGGCACGAAAAGCUCGCUCAAAACCAGCAAAAGGACGUACAUAAGGGCGUCCAUACGCUCGUCUUCAAGAUUGGUAGUCUAGCCAAUGGCAAGCACCGCUUCAAGAUUGGACAAAAUGCCCAACAGCACGCGCUCAUGGGUGCGUGUAUCAUGCACCCCAAGUUUUGCCUCGUGAUUGUAGAGGGCGGCGAGCACAGCGUCAACGCGUACAAGAGGCUAAUGAUGCGUCGCAUCGACUGGACCGAGAGCGUGCCCUCGCUUGAUAGGGAACCUAGCGCGUCCGGUGCGGCGGUGAGGGAGUGGCUGAAAGCGGAGGAUGAGCAAGGCAUGUUGAAGGACUUGUCGAAUAACAAAUGCCAACUCAUAUUUGAGGGCGAGUCCAAGACGCAGUCAUUCAAGAAGUGGAGCAGCAAAGUAUGUGAGACGGACCAGGAGGCCAGAGAGUUUCUGUCUCAGAUGAAGAUGGAGAACUUUUGGACGCAGGCGAAGAACACGCCGAGUCAUGUAUAACUGCGAUGUUGAAAAAGGAUACAGUCUGCUUUUUUGCCAGUCGGAUGAUGAUCCGAUUUUGUUGGACGAAAAGAGAUAGGGCAUCAUACUUAGCUCCGCUAGACUAUGAAUAAAACAAAUAACACGAGUAAC